GCUCCAUCAUGGAUAGACCAAGAUUUCACUUUCAUUCAAGCUCAGCAUGCAACUCUGUUUAUGUAGAUAAAUACGAAAAGAAUGACAUAAACAGUUAUUGUAAAUAAAUUAAAUAAUGGAUGAGAUAUUACUGCCUACAACGAAAACAGAAUCAGCUACGACAACAACAAAUUCGAUGACACAUCACGAUCACGAUGACGUUGAUUUAAAGUUAUUCGACAAAGCUAUGGGUAACAGCAAUGCGGACGACUUUUCGGGAGAAGGUAAUGGAGCUGGCUACCAUUCAAGUGACGAAGGAGCAUCCAAAUCACAAGAAGAACCGGGCCUUGAUAUUAAAGAACCAAAACCAGAGGGUACAGAUUUCAGUGAUGAUGCACCCUCCAAAAGACAAAAGACUAAAAAGGAAAUGGAGGAGGAGGAGCGCGAAAAAAUGCAAGUGCUAGUUUCUAACUUCACAGAAGAACAACUCGAUCGCUAUGAAAUGUAUCGACGGUCUGCGUUUCCCAAAGCAGCUGUGAAGCGCUUGAUGCAAACUAUAACCGGCUGUUCUGUAUCACAGAAUGUUGUUAUUGCCAUGUCAGGUAUAGCAAAGGUGUUUGUUGGCGAGAUUGUUGAAGAAGCCCUAGACGUUAUGGAAUCAGCAGGUGAGACUGGAGCGCUUCAGCCCAAAUAUUUACGCGAAGCUGUACGGCGGUUACGACAACGUGGCCGUAUGCCUAUAGGAAAAUUUCAAAAACCAUAUUUUCGCCUGAACUGAAUGUAAAAUAAUAGAUUCUAGUGUAUUGGAUUUUAGUGUUAGUUAAUGAAUAAUGACUUAAGUGUAUUUUAUAAUAGUAAUAAUGCAUUAAAAACUAAGUAAAUUUUAC